CUUAAGGUCCCUUCCACCUAUAACCAUUCUAUGAUUCUGUGUAUUUUUGAAAGCAUCUCAUUCUCGAAGCUAACUCCAGCGCAAUUGUACUUUUAAACAAAACAGUUCGCAAACUGGCAGCACCGCACCAGGGGCUGUGUGGUGAUUUCGGGUGUCACAGUGACAGGGGCUGUGUGGUGAUUUCGGUGUCACUGUGCCAGGGGCUGCGUGGUGAUUUCAGUGUCACCAUGCCAGGGGCUGUGACUUCGAUGUCACCGUGCCAGGGGCUGUGUGGUGAUUUCGGUGUCACUGAGCCGGGGGCUGCGUGGUGAUUUCAGUGUCACUGUGCCAGGGGCAGCCUGCUGGCUCCCCACGCCUCCCCCCUGUGAGGGGACCCGCAGGGUGCCCUCCGUGGCGGCGCCCCGUGGCCGCUCGCAGGCCGUGCCGCCAUGGCGACGGGCCGGAGCCCAGCGGAAGCAGUCGCGGCCCCGUCCGGGUCAGGAUGGCGGCGCGGCGGGCGCUGAGGGGAGGAUGCCGCUGGUGGUGCUGUGCGGGCCGCCGGGCAGCGGCAAGAGCCGGCGGGCGGCGGAGCUGCGGGAGGCGCUGGACGGCCCGGAGCGGCGGGCGUACGUCGUGACCGAGGCGGAGGGCGGCCGGGCGGCGCUGCGGGCCGAGGUGGAGCGGCGGCUGAGCCGGCGGGACGUGGUGAUCGUGGACGCGGGCAACGAGCUGCGGAGCGGCCGCUACGAGCUCUACUGCGCGGCGCGGCAGGCGGGCACGGCGCUCUGCCUCCUGCACUGCGCCGCCGGCCCCCCCGAGCCGCCCUUCGAGGCUCCGGACCCCCGCAACCGCUGGGACCGGCCUCUCUUCACCGUGCGGGGCGAGGAGCCGCUGCCCCUGGCCGAGAUCCGAGCCGCCCUCUUCGACAGCACCCUGCCGCCGCCGCACCGGGCCACCCGCAGCCAGCCCCUGCAGUCGUGCGAGUUCCUGCACCGCCUCGACCGAGCCACGCAGGACGUGGUGGCCGCCGUGGUGGCCGCCCAGAGGAGCGGGGUGCUGCCCGGGGAGGCGGUGCGCGUCCCCGGGGUGGUGGAAGGGCUGGUGCUCACCCGGCCCGUCGGCAUGGCCGAGCUGAGCCGGCUGCGCAGGCAGUUCAUCAGCUACACCAAGAUGCAGCCCAGCGAUGAAAACCUGCCCCAGCUGGCCAGCAUGUUCCUGCAGUACCUGAGCCGCAGCAUCCAGUGAAGACGAGGCCCCGGGCCAAAGCGCUGCCAGCAGCAAGAGCGUGCCUCCCAGCCAACGACCCGAGGAGCUCGUGGCCCGCCUGUCGCAUAUCCUGACACAUGACAGCAGCAGGAUGCCGUGGCCCUGCAGCAGCUGCUGAUGUUGUACUGCUAAGAGGAUCCCUAGGGAGGAUCUCCUGCCACCCUCCCCACCGCAUUCUCCCCACAUGUGUUUUUCCAAGAGGAGACCUUGUUGCAUCCCCAAGCAAGUGAAGUCUCCUGUGGAGACCUACACCCCGAUAAUCAUGUCGUAUCUGAAUGUCAGAGCCUGAAGAUAGAGACCAUAAGGAAAACUUGUCUCCUGUGCAUUGGCUUUGUGUAUGUUGUGAAUAAGAAGAUUGCUUUUCCGAGGCUGUCUCCAGAUAUGUCAAACUGCAGAAGGGACUUCAGUUCCCAGACUGGAACAGGCUGUAUUUUUCGGAUAUAACUUCAGAAAAAUCCUAUUGAACCUAAGAGAUAGAUAUGCGAACUCAGCACAACAGAAGGGUGCUGGCUUAGCCAUCUUAAACCUCUCUAUUUCAGGUUUAACAAUAAAAUGUGCCUUAAAUGGAGUAGAUUUAAUUUACCCGUGGGACUGUUUUAUUGAAAUAACUUACUAUGGCUUUUCUGUGCAAGGUCAUCAUUAAAUGCUUUUAAAAUCACUAAUUGUUUCAGAAUGAGUGCUCUUGUGCUCUUCUAAGAAGGAUGAACUAAAAUGGCAGUGUCUGCUCUGGGUGAAACUCUCGCUAAGUCAGUACUAGCUGAGACUGGGUAACUCAUUUUUGUGCUAAGUUUCAACAAUUUCAGUCUACUUUACUACUCAUAUGGCUUAGAUAUACUUUUCACUUGCUGGUGGGUGCUUCAUCCCUCAUUUAAAUAAAUGUUGUUGGGUUCUGAUUUUAAUUGUAUUUAUAGUGCUACGUGGGAGGAAAUUGUGAAGUAGGGCAAGAAGGGUUACUUCAUUGAUUUGCAUGGCAUUGGCUAUUUAUCUGGCAUACCAGUUGCUAAAUGGACUUAGGCAUUUCAGAACUGAGAAAUGACUACAGAAAUGUUUUGAUGUAAAUAAAAUUAAUUUCCCUGUCAAAGAGAAUAAAGGUGAGGAAA